AUGUUUAUUUCACCCGCCGUCGCCGCGCCGGUGCCUCGACCAUCUCUCGAUGUAGCAAUCUUGCGUGCUUUAGCUACUGGGCUACUUCAAGACAACGUCGAUGGGGCCUUAGUCUCAGCUCCGAACCUUCUUGGGCCCGGUCAAAGCCGUGGCCUCAUCAACAUUCAGAUCGGCCGAGGAAGCAGUGGCCACGACGCCUCGCUCUAG